AUGCGUCUCCUUCUCGCCUAUCAAAAUCUCAUUCCACAAUAUGGAAAUGGACGAAUGGGGGUGGAAAAGCGCUGGAAAGGCUUGGGCAAAGGAAGACGAUCGGCUGAAGGACAACGAGAUAUUAUCCCACAAUUGAGUGACGUCAGCGAUACGGAUGUUGGCUGUGCUGGCGCAACUCUUGGCUUGAUGCAAUACUCGAAUGGACGUGUGUUCGUUGAUGUUCUCUAUCCAGAUCAAGCUGCAAAGGAUGUCAUUCGAUCAACGGCUGGUGGAUUGAUCUCGAAUGUUCUGAACGCUUUCCAAGGAAUGUUGGAUGGUUUAGAUUGGAUGGACAACGACAGUAAGAAAGGAGCUUAUGACAAAGUUCUAAGCAUACAAAAGAACGUGGCAUUCCCGGAUUGGAUCACUGAUAACGGGAAACUCGACGAUUUCUACAAGAACUUGAUGCUCACUGGAGAUGACACGUAUUACACGAUUCUCGACAAGUUGACUGUCUUCAAUCUCUGGACACAGUACAAUCAACUCACUGCCACGUCGACUGAUCGAACCGACUUCCUGGGACAACCGGGAAUUGUUAAUGCCUGGUACCAGCCCGAGCUGAACAGCAUCACUUUCCCCGCCGGUAUCCUCCGUCCUCCUUUCUUCCAUCCAGAAUGGCCAGCGUCCUUGAAUUACGGUGGAAUGGGUCUUGUGGCUGGACACGAGUUGACACACGGAUUUGAUGAUCAAGGAGUGCAAUGGAAUGGAGUUGGAGCAUUGAACACGUGGAUGACCGAUGGGAGCAAAAAGGGAUUCGAUGAUAUGGCAAAGUGUAUCAUUGAUGAGUACAGCUCAUUCUGUCCACUCAAGGGAACCAACUACACUCCGCAAUGUUUGAAUGGAGAAAACACGCAAGGAGAAAAUAUUGCUGACAAUGGAGGUAUCCAUUCGGCUUUCCGUGCCUAUCAAGUACACAAGAAUUUGAAUGGACCCGAUGCACAAUUGAAUGAAAGAGUCUUGGGACAAUUCAGUCACGAUCAACUCUUUUUCCUCAAUUUCGGCCAGGUUUGGUGUCAAAUGGACGAGACACCGGAUCAAUAUUUCCGUCAGAUCAUGGUCGAUCCCCAUUCCCCGGCCAACUACCGUGUGUUCGGUGCAAUCCAGAAUUUCCCGGCUUUCCGAUCGGCUUUCAAUUGUCCCGUUGGUGCCACAUAUUCCCCGGAGAAACAUUGCGAUGUGUGGGUGCCGAAGAAAACCCCG